AGUUUUUAGUUUCUCUGUAUUUUAAAUGGAAUCUUCGCACAUGCGCAGUAGUUAGUUAGCAUGUUUUGGAACAAGCGAAUGUCAACAAACUACGCUCGGAUUCUAAAUGAAAAAAAUAUAUGGAGGACCUUAAACGAUCCCUGAAGAUGCCGCUGUUCGGAAACACGUUCAGUCCGAAGAAAACUCUCCCCCGCCGGUCUGCGUCCAUGUCCAGCCUGCACACGCUGGAUCAUUCCACCAAAGAAAUCGAGCUGGGCUUGGAGUAUGGACCUCCUGAGGCCAACAUCGGAGGCCACAUCUGGAAGUUUGAGGAUGGACAGUGGGUAACAGAGUCCGAUGGAAACACGUCAAGUCGGGAAAUGCAGCGACUCAAAAAGAAAAACCUCCAACUGGAAGAGGAAAAUAAUCUCUUGAAACUAAAGAUUGAAGUUCUCAUGGACAUGCUGACUGAAACGACGGUGGAGUGUCAUCUAAUGGAGAAAGAAGUGGAAGAUAUAAAGACCCAAAACAGAAGAAAAAAAUGAGAUAUAAUCUCUGUUAUGUGUAUUUUAAGUGUCUUUUUGCAGCUGUUGAAUUGUAAAAACUUUUAAUUUCA